AUGUGUAUGAGAGUCUUCGUCCUCCACCGCUGCCUCAGCCCCUCCAACGGCGGGUGCGACGGCUACUACGCCGAAUACCUCGAACAGCAAGAGUGUAACCACAUGUCUCUCCCGGGCCUCCCGCAAUUCGACUGUCGUGCCGUCUGGGCAGGCUUCGAAGACGAGAAGAGCACAAAGGCUCUCCACCGCGACGAGUACGCGAAAAAGGCUAGAGCCCUCUGCCCGAGCUGCCUGCUCAGGCAUCGGAUGGCCUACGUCGAGAGCGAGGCACAGGCGGAGCGCCGCGGAGAGUAUUCGGACCGCAUGCAGGCCAUCAUCGCAGACUUGGAGCGCCGAGCGGAGCUGGGAAGGAUGGAUUUCAUGAAUAGGGCGUACCGCGACAUGUGGGAUGCCGCAUGGGGUUUUGUGGACGGGUUGGCGGGGAAGGCGGACGGGGUGUGGAGUGGUAUUGAGACGGCGCUGCGGCGGCACUUUGGGGCCAGCGGGAUGGAGUUGGCUGUUGUGCGGGACUUGAUUGAGGACUUGAAGAUUGCCAAGAGGGAGUUGCUGGAUGAGUUGAAGAGUUCGACGCGGGAGAUGGCGACUGCGCUCGUUGGGCCGAACCUCGAGUGGCAGGAGGACCUGGAGGCGCAGGAACAGAGGGUUGGUGGGUAUAUCGACGACGAAUGGAGGAUGCAGAGACGGGCGGCUGUGGAUGCCUCGAGGGAGAGGGCUGAAGCCCAAGAUGUCUGCGGUGAUGGCUAUUCUGGGUUCGCUGACUCUGGUAGGUGA